AUGUUGCAGGAUGUCAGCCCUACUAAGCCGAUACUACGGAAAGAAGCGAACCCUGGAGCACCAUUGUCCCUCUUAGGUGUUCGAGGAUUGAGAGACGAGCCGCUCCACAGAUCGGCGCAUUGCAUACCACAUCCUACACAGCAUAGACCGCUUGUUAAUCCGACACUGCAGGAACUGUCUGGCAGUGUAAGUGCUGGUGGUUCCGAGCCUGACCUGAACGCGGUGCCAUCUCCUACUUCACUCGACACUAGCGCCACCUCUAGCGAAGAUGACAAGCCUAAAGAGAAAGAUAAGAGUAGUCGGUCUCGCGCACGUGCUGCACUGGUAAAACGUGUUCGUUCCGUCGCUGUAUUCUCGCUCGGGCUGCGAAAGGCUCGCGAAGCUGCGCAGGCGCAAGAGAAGCAUUCGCCUCACACGCCUGACAGACCACAUACUACUCCAGGACCGCCGGCACCGAUGCUAGGAGGCGAAUUAUCUCUCAUACCGAUCGAACAAUUAAUCCAAGUGGAUGACGUUAAACCUCGGCCGUCUGCGUAA